AUGCCUUUUCCUUUCGUCCUUCCCACCACCUCGUCCUUUGCCUUCUCAUCGUCCCUCAGCUGCGACUCGCAUCCGUCUCUGCCACUAACCGCCAGUGCACAACGGGGCGUGGUUAGAGACGCGUUAAAGAAGCACAAGCGGCUGCCACCAAACUCGCGGGGAGCAAGCCUGGCCACCGUCAUCUCGAGCAUCGACAGCUACCUUCCUUACCUAUUGGCCGUGGACGCCGGGGUCAGCUGCCAGAGCUUGGAAGGAGGCGAGGUGAUGGGUGUCAUAUUGAGAGCGGCUCCCGCUAUUACCUGGAGGCCGACCCUGUCCGCACCCAUUGUUCCCGGCAAGGAGCGGCCUCGCGUGAAAAUCACCUCGUUGGAGUAUGAAAUAUCCUUUGUGCUAUGCACCCUGGCUUAUGCAUAUACUCUGACGGCCAGGUCGGCGCUGCAGCCGUUGUAUGCCAUCAACACAAGUUUCUUGAGUCUGGGGGAGAGAGCUGUGGCCAUCACGACGGCCACGAAAUACCUGCUCGACGCAGCAUCCAUAUAUGACUAUCUGUCGUUUCGGAGUGAGCAAAUAUUCAGCUCGGCGCCGUGCAUAGACGUCGCCCCGUCCACAGUCAGGGCUCUCUCUUCUCUAGCCCUGGCAGAAGCCACGCUCCUCGCCGUUCUAAAGGACGAUCCUUAUCCAGCAGUGGUUGCCCAGGGUAGAAGUAACACGGAUAAAGAGUGGAUGUUCAAGGCUCCCGACCUCCCCAAAGUUCGCGCCCAUCUCUUCGCUCGCCUUUGUCUCGCCGCCUCGGAGCACGCUGCCAGGGCAUCUUCCCUCCUACGGGCGGCUGGUUCGGGGGGUAGCAGAGUCAGCCCGGUUCUGCUCAAGUACCUGGACGAUGUUCGGCGCACCAGCCGGGCCAAAGCGUGCAGAUUCUUUGGCAUCGAUGCCGACCUGGGGGGUCACACUGCGCAAGGCAUCGGCUGGUUGCGAGCCGGGCUGCAGGAACUGGGCGUACAAGUCAAAGAAUCGAACAAGGUCUUUAGUCUGAGCCGACUCAAAAUGGACAUUGGCGGAAAGAGAGAGGAUCGGCGAGUCGAAAAGGAGACGGAUUGGGGCUCCGACGCAGGCCGGUAUGAAGAGACUAGGAUCAUUGAAUUUCUUGACGGGAAAUGGACCAAGCUCAAUGACACUAUGAACACACAAGAAAUCCCACCUGUUGGGGCUCUGCUCCCGAAGAUGCCCUCGGGUAGGGAGAUCCAUGCCGUCAAGCCGUACCAGCCGCCCACUCUGAGCAGAGACACUCUGGAAGCCAUGCGAUCACCGCCCGAUAUGGAGGACGGUGUUCUAGAUGACCUAAGUUCGGAUGAUGAGAGAGAAGGUGAAUCAGCCGCACCCCCCGGGGCUUUUCCUGGCUUGUCUAUGGAUGUUGGAAGCAGCCGAAGUGGUAGUGGGAACGCAUACUACUAG